CUCCCCCGCCCCCGCCCCCCCCACCAUGAGGAUGAUGGCCGCCGGCGCGGUGCACGGCCUCUUCACGGCCUCCGCGGCCCCGCAGCCGCCGCCGCCCCCGCCGCCGCCGCCGCAGCCCCAGCCUCCCCAGCAGCCGUCGCCGCCGCCACAGCAGCCGCCGCCGCCGCCGCAGCCGCCGCAGCAGCAGCAGCCGCCGCCCCAGGCCCCCCCCAUGGAGCCCGAGGCCCCGGAUUCCCGCAAGAGGCCCCUCGAGACGCCCCCCGAGGUGGUCUGCACCAAGCGCAGCAACACGGGAGAGGAAGGCGAAUACUUCCUGAAGGUGCUGAUCCCCAGCUACGCGGCGGGCUCCAUCAUCGGCAAGGGCGGCCAGACCAUCGUGCAGCUGCAGAAGGAGACGGGUGCCACCAUCAAGCUGUCCAAGUCCAAAGACUUCUAUCCGGGAACCACAGAGCGAGUAUGCCUGGUACAAGGCACGGCAGAGGCCUUGAAUGCUGUGCACAGCUUUAUUGCUGAGAAGGUCCGAGAAAUCCCACAGGCAAUGACCAAGCCUGAGGUGGUCAACAUCCUUCAACCUCAAACCACGAUGAACCCCGACAGAGCCAAACAGGCCAAGCUGAUCGUCCCCAACAGCACGGCGGGCCUGAUCAUCGGCAAGGGGGGCGCCACGGUGAAAGCCGUGAUGGAACAGUCGGGGGCCUGGGUGCAGCUGUCGCAGAAGCCCGAGGGCAUCAACCUGCAGGAGCGCGUGGUGACAGUGAGCGGCGAGCCCGAGCAGGUGCACAAGGCCGUGAGCGCCAUCGUGCAGAAGGUCCAGGAAGAUCCGCAGAGCAGCAGCUGCCUCAACAUCAGCUACGCCAACGUGGCAGGCCCCGUGGCCAACUCCAACCCCACCGGCUCCCCCUACGCCAGCCCCGCCGACGUGCUGCCCGCCGCGGCCGCAGCUUCUGCCGCCGCCGCCUCCGGCCUGCUGGGCCCCGCGGGGCUGGCGGGAGUGGGCGCCUUCCCCGCCGCCCUGCCCGCCUUCUCGGGCACCGAUCUGCUGGCCAUUAGCACGGCGCUCAACACCCUGGCCAGCUACGGCUACAACACCAACUCCCUGGGCCUGGGCCUCAACUCGGCCGCCGCCUCCGGGGUCCUGGCCGCCGUGGCCGCAGGUGCCAACCCGGCCGCCGCCGCCGCCGCCAACCUGCUGGCCUCCUACGCCGGGGAGGCCGCGGCCGGGCCGGCAGGGGGCGCUGCGCCGCCGCCGCCGCCGCCCCCCGGAGCCCUGGGCUCCUUCGCCCUGGCCGCGGCGGCCAAUGGCUACCUCGGCGCCGGUGCAGGCGGAGGGGCCGGAGCCGGAGGGGGCCCCCUGGUGGCCGCCGCGGCCGCAGCCGGUGCAGCCGGGGGCUUCCUGACGGCGGAAAAGCUGGCGGCCGAGAGCGCCAAGGAGCUGGUGGAGAUUGCGGUGCCUGAGAACCUGGUGGGGGCCAUCCUGGGCAAGGGGGGCAAGACGUUGGUGGAGUACCAGGAGCUGACAGGCGCCCGCAUCCAGAUCUCCAAGAAGGGCGAGUUCCUGCCUGGCACGCGGAACCGGCGGGUCACCAUCACGGGCAGCCCCGCGGCCACGCAAGCCGCUCAAUACCUCAUCAGCCAGCGGGUCACCUACGAGCAGGGAGUGAGGGCCUCAAACCCCCAGAAAGUAGGAUGAGCCCCCGAGGUGUGUGCUCCCACCCGCUCCCUCCUCCCCCCUCCCCCCCCCCCCUCCUGACCUCAGCUUGGUGUAGUCCUGCUCUUCUGUGGGAUGGGGCUGGGGUAGGUCUCACUGCACCCUCUUUCCCCCCUCUGGUAGUCGUAGGCAGGAUUGAAUGAUGGCUGGGGAUGGGGCCCAGAAGCUCCCUCCCCAGCCCCGAACUGACCCCCCCCCCUUCCUCCCUUCCUUCCCCUUCCCCUCUGCUUGACUGGGCCUGACCAUCCCCUCCCCCAACCCCAGGGCCCAGGUCUGUGUGAUAUCUGUAUAUAUUGCAUUUUGUUGAUUUUAAUAGAAAACAAAGCGUUAUUUUCUCUUUCUUUCCCUCCUUUUUUUUUUUUUACCUUCCGUUAAGGAUUUCCCCACCCCUUCUAAGUUUUUGUUUCCAUGUGGGACGAGGGGAGGGAGCCUCUGGGUCACCUAGCGUAAGAGGCCUCCUCCCCCAUCCAAGGAAAAAAAAAAAAGUAACAGCCCACCUCUCUUGCUUUCAGUUUCAGAUAUGAGGAAAGUGAUGGAAGUCAAGGUAGCAGAGGAGCCCGAAAAGAGAGGACUGAAAUGGGGCAUUCGCAGCAAGGGCCCCAGGGGCUCCUAGAUGUUCUCAGCUACCCUCCCCUACUGCAGUUGCUGCUCCUAGGUGGGACUUUUAGCUCUUUUGUUGUCAGGUUGUAGUGGGGUGGGGGAUGCUGUGCUGCUGGGAAUGAGGUUGGCUCUGGAGUUAGGCACCUCCUCCAAAUUUUCCUAGAGUCAUGUUGUGAUGUCACAGAUGACAGUGGUUUCCCAUGCUCCUCCUGACGUCACAGGAAGUAGCUCCCCAGAGGCAACUUCCUGUGCCAAACGGGGAGACAGGGACUUCCUGUAAUGUCUUGCUGAGCCUUCCUUGAAGGCUGACUUCCCUGAGCUCUCAGGGAGCAUGUACUUCCGGUGACAUUUCCAGGCUACUUCCUGUGAUGUCACUAGGAGGAGCAGGCACUUCUGGUUUGGGGUUCUGGCCAGUCGGUGACCCUCAUUCUCCACCCACGCCAGUCUUUCGGGGAGGUGUCCUGUGCUGAGCAUGGAUGGGUGGGGGCGGGGUGGACCUUUCUAAUGAGGAAAAGAUGGAAAAGGACUUAGCAUGAAUCUGGAAGACUCGAAGGAAAAAGACCCAGUGUGGGCCCCAAACACACCAAGUCUGUGACCUCUCCUGGCCAAGAGGGAUGGGGGAUAUGGGGGUAGAGAAAAGUCUGGUUAAAGACCUUCAUUCCCACCCACCUACCCCACCUCUUGUCUUUUGUGUGCAUGCUUGUGUCUGCGUGGCUUUUAUUUCAUGGAGUCUGGUGAGCCAAGUGUGUGGUGGCUCUUGUCAGGCCAGUUGUCAGAACUCAGCAAGCAAGGUAGGGCCCCUGUGGCCUAGUAGAUUAGAUUGCUUCAGUGGCUUCUGGUGAGCUGGACUUUGGUAAUGUCUGCCGUAUCAGAAAGUCUUGGUGAUCUCACCACGGGCUCUGAUGAGCUAGAAUGUUCUGGUGGAAGCUCCUUUGAGUCAAGCUGCCCUGAGACUUGGUGGGGAUGUGGCUCCCCAAGUACGUCUGCUGUGGUCAGUUCUGAGAACACGUUGGCAGGCUGAGAUUUUGAGGCCUGACAGCCCUAGGAACUUAGGAUAGCUGAGACACUCCACCCCAUCCAUUUCCCCCUCCCCAUGGAGACCAGAUCCAUUUUCUCCAACCCAAAGCAGGGCCCCAACCCCAGCCCAGGCCGGCCCUGGCUUUCCAUCAUCAGCAUCUCUGGGGGAGAGGUACCCCAUGCCCACCCUCUCCCCCACUUGCCCCCCUCCUUGGUCUUCCAGGCCCUUCUCUUCUCCCUGGGUUUGGGGAAAAUGCAGCCUCCUUAUCUCUCCCCUUUCAGAAAAGAGAGAAGGAAGGAAAGAAAGGGGAAAAGAGGAGGAAAGGAAAGGCAGAGACAGUUCCCACCCCCUUAAGCCUGGGAGACCCCCUCCCCCUUGCUAGAGAGCCACCCCCAAAACAAAAUGUGAAAAAUAAUAAUCCUUAGAAAGCAAUAGCCUUCAAGGUACCUUGCACUGAAUUUCCUGCCCCCAGCCCUUCCACCCUGCUAUGGGAGGCUGUCACAUGGGGACACUAUGGUGACUUUUUCCAUGCCUGUUCUAUCUCUAGGAUGGGGGCCAGUCCCCCAUUUCUCCCUCUCUCACCCCUCCCACUCCCAUUGCUGCUGCCCUUCCCCCCCCCCCAAAUCUCCAGCCUGAAUCCAGAUGGAGAUCUGAGUGCCAAAACAAUUCUUGAUGUAAUUUUGUACAUAUCUUCUGCACGGGCCAGGGAGUGGGGGGGGAGGUUCUUGGAGUUGGAGGUGGCCCUGUGAUUCCUUGCUUCCCUGAACACCUCGCAAAAGACCUUACAGUAUUUCACAGUAUCUGCUCCCAUGAGUGGGUAUUAUAGUAUCUAGCUGGAAUGUAGCCCACCACCACCCCACACUCCUUCAGUGCAAACCCCCCCCCCCCACUGCCUUUCAGGAGAAGGGGAAAGAGCCAGGAAAAGUCAGGUGGGGUGGGGUAUCUCAUUUGCAUAUCAUUUUCAUUAUCUGCUGCCCUGGGCUUGCCAGAUGCUUUUUGUAAUCCCAUUUGGAGGAGUCUGGGUCCCCAGUCAGCCAGGGUCCUGUAUUCCUCUCACACAGACAUGUCUUCUGGAGGCUGGGCCUCUGGGAAGGCGUCCCUUUGGGGUACCUGUGUGAUAACCCCCACCCUGUUCCCAUAUGUGGGGGUCCUCUUCCCCUCCAGCCAGGGCUAUCUGGAAGGUGGUCUGCUGGCUCAGGGAGCUAGCUCACUCACACCUGCCCCCCACACACACACACACA